GUUUUUAAAAAUGUCGCUGUAAACCUAAGACUUUUAUUUUGAAGGUGUUUUCACAUUGUAUAUUGUGGCUUAAUGUCGAUGAUUUCACGGUCUUUAAAAUGUAGGCAAAAUUUCCUGUUGUGCCUAGCUCAGGUGUCGGCGAUUUUGGUCACUCCACUAAACUAUUUUAAGAAACCAUAUGCAUCAUUAACAGAACAAUACAUACCACGUCAAUAACUCAACAAAGCAGACAUCUUUCUGGUUUGAUGGUUAUACUUUUCGAUAAAGCAAUGAAACGUGAAUGUUUUACCUGAUGGAUUUGUUUUUGUGGGUGUUUCUUCUGUUGGCUGAAUAAAGACCUCUCUUGACACAACAAGGAAGUAUUUGGAAAAAAAGAAUGUGGAUCUGAUUACACGGAUGUUAGUUAAGGUCCAAAUAUAACAGAAAAUGACUUCAGAGAUGGACAGGAAAGCUCAUACUGAAGAAGAGCACCACGGAGGGACUGGGUUAGUGGAUGUCUUGAAGAUUCUCACUAAGGUUCCAUACGAAAGAAAGCUAAGCCUGAAUUUCACGUUGGGUGUCAGCCUUGCCGAGGAGAUGGUACGUGCCAUAUCUCUUAUCAGCCUUGGGAAGAGGUCAGAGGCACUGGAAAAGCUCCAGGCUUUGGGGGACAACCUCAUUGCAAACUAUCUGGCUGAAAAGGUGAGAAUGUGUGGAGUCAAACUGGAGAACUUGAGCACUGUUUCUUUCCAAGAAUCUAAUGUGGACACCCUAGUAGACCUAGCAAGAAUGUUCAAGGUGUUGGCUGAGGAGAGGUUAUGUGACCAAACUCUCAGGGAUUUGGCUUACCAGACUGCUCUAGCCGCAUGUAAGAACAAAAACUGUGUUAAAGAGAGAUCAAAAGUAGAAUAUCUUUAUAUGGAGCUGAGUGACGAGGCUAAGAAGGUUUGCGGGCCUCAGAUUGAGUACACAGUUAAGGGCACUUCCCCUAAGGACUUUUCAGGGCUUUGCUCCAACCAACCACUGGUCGAGGGACGUACCAUAUUGGGCUUUCUUGACCAGACAGGAAGUGGUCAGAGUCUUCCCUCUUCCCUACGAGAAGAUUCCACCAUAUAUUCCUACCCUUCUCACUUGGAGAUCAGUGUAUCUGAAACUAUUGGCUUAAAGCCAAGCAACCUCCCUCUUCAGCCUCCUUCUCCAAUGAGUUUGGAACCCGUGCCAUCACAAAACCAAGGUGUAUUAAAAUACUUUUCUAGGGUAAUGUCUAGGGAUAAAUCACCUACACAAAAUGAGCCUCAACCUGUUAAAGUAGAAAUGGACAGUGAGAAAAGUUUUGCACCAUCUUGUGAGAAUGAAAGCGUUUCAGAAGACAUGAGAGUUGUAUCCCUGUCUCCUGGCUCCUCCACCCCAGCUCACAUUAAGAUUGGUAACCCCAUGAGUCUAAAUGGACAUGACAAAGUGUGUCCAACAAAGAAUCUUGUGCCUCCCUCAAACACCAGCAGGCCUGCCUCUCAUCCGACUACACUUGAAAACAGCAGUACAUUGGGUGUUCCUCUCACUGAGCAAGUGUCGGCAAGUGCUGCAUUGAUACCACCAUUACUGGAGGAGGAGGAGGAGGAUUUCUUCUCAUUUGUCGUCCUGCAUGCACAAGAGGACGUGGCUAUGGCCGAAAUGUUGACAGAGAAACUAGAGGCUACUGGAGUUGGCAAAGGGGCAACCUUUCAGGAAUUUGCCAUCCCAGGCAAGAACCUGCUGAUGUGUGUGGAGGAUGCCAUCAACAAUUCAGCCUUCACUAUCCUGCUACUCACUAGCAACUUCAACAGCCGUCUGCUGGAGGUGGAAGCCAGCUCUGCUCUAAUGAACGCCAUUCAGAAUCGACACAAGUACAACACCGUCAUCCCUUUUCUGCCACGGGAGAACUGUAUGCCCAAUGAGAAAAUGCCCUCAGUUCUUAGGAUCUAUAUACCAUUACGGGAAGAUAAAACCUUUGAAAAAAAGGCCAAGCGGGCCAUGACUCCAGCAAAGAUUGCGAUGCAGAGGCAGUUGUGGUUGACUGAGCAGGCAGUGAGGGCCGAAGUGAAAAGACGGGAGAGGCUACAAAUGGAGGAGAAGCGUCGGGGGGAUUUAAUUCGUGAACGUCAGCAGGUGGAAAUGAUGCGGAAACAUUUGUCGCAACAACAGGUUAAUGAACUCAUAACUCCGGCGGGGGGUCACUUCGCUGCUCAAGGUUUAGAAAAUCAACAAUUCAACUUAACUAAUAUGAGACUACAGAAAAAUGGGUGGAGUCACCCACAAGGAAACAUCCGAAUCGAGAAUGCUCGCUACAUCAUGAUUGGGGAUAACUCUGCUAUGACUGUGGGGAUAGGUAGGGACUCUAGUGAGGAGGAAGAUGAUGACCGGUGUUAAAGUUCAUAUAAUGUAAGGGAAAAAAGUUUAAAAUGUGGUUAAAGGAAGUUGUACUUACGUGAUCUUUUAGGGUUAAUUUUUACUGUUGGUAAACAUUUUCAAUUUCAGCUUGGUGAUUUUAUUGCUUAUACUAGUGUAAGAUGCACUGCACAUGCUUAACAGUGAUAAAUGCAAAGAUGCCAGAUGACGCUGCAUUCAUGCUAGCUCGACCAUCCUCUCCCUGAAAGAGUCAGUCCAUCAAUUAAGGCGAUUUAUGAACUUAGACAAAUGUUAUUCCCUUUUAAUAAAACCAAGUAGUUUGAUGCUUUAAGGCACUGUUACUUACUGCAAAUUUAGCCUGUACCAUUUUAAGGGAAUGUUCAAUUAUGAUUAACCUGUCACUGUAUACAAAAGCCUUCAUUUCAAGUGUGGAGUGCAUACAUAACCAGAUUAUAAAUGUUUUGAUGUAUGUGAUGUAAUGUUUCCCCCCAAUUCAGUCUGGUCUGUUCAAUAUUGUGUUCAAUUACUUUUGAAAUGCAAUAAAAAUGAAUGCUAUU